AUGCACUUUCAGCUAGCGUCUCUCAAUCUCAGCGAAGCUGCCCCCGACCUUGACGCGGACGGCGCACUGGCCCCUGAAACUCUCUUUGCUAAGGGGGACAGCGCUCUCGCGAAGGUCUUACAUCGUGGACCCUUCCAUUCCUCUUCCACGGUACAGAAUGCGGCAUACGCAUCUUUUCUCGAAACACCCAUUGGGAUCGCUGUCCUUGUGCUCGCCCGGCGCUUGAUUUCUUCUAGACCCUCCAUCGCUAAAAAUUGGUCCUUGUGCAAGAAAUAUCUUGAGAAUACUGUCAAAAUUGCGUGCUCUGCGGAGCGCGAAAUUGACGAAGAUGGGUGUGAAGUGUUAUAUGGCCGUGCUGGAUUACUCUAUGGCCUUCUUUAUCUAAAAAAGGCGCUCAAUGAUUUUUCUUCGUCCUCGAUUUUUUCAAGUUUGCAAGAGGACUUUAUUUCAGAAUAUUAUGAUUCACUGAAAGGUUUGGUGUCGGAUGGCACUCUUCAGCAAGUCGUGGAGUCCAUCAUUAUCCGCGGGAAACAUGGCUCUCGCAUCUAUUCACAGGAAUUUAGGAAUCACAGAACUCCUCCCCUCCCACCGCUUAUGUGGAUAUGGCACGGGAAACGGUAUUUGGGAGGUGCUCAUGGCGUAGCUGGGAUUUUGCAGGUCUUGUUGAGCUGCCCAAACGUUGUUAUCGAACCCCACCUCGUUGAAAUUAUUCCCACCAUCGAGUGGCUCGUCGGCUUGCAAGAUCUGGCUGGCAACUGGCCCACGAAGGCCCCAAGCAACUAUCGUGAGGGCCAUCAAGUAAACGAACUAGUACAGUGGUGUCACGGAGCCCCUGGAAUGCUCAUUCUUCUAACCACCCUGCUUCGUCGGGCGCCAGGCGACGUGCCACAAGAAUUGCGAGAUAAAAUUAUUUCUUCCCUCCGCUGUGGCGCGGCCGUUGUCUAUGAGCAAGGGCUACUCAGAAAGGGCGUCGGAAUAUGUCACGGAGUGGCGGGAUCCGUGUUCGCCCUCCUCGCGGUAUCAGAUGCAUUGGACGCGGAUUCGGAGGAGCGUCCGUAUCUCACGUUCGCCUUGCACCUAGCGCAUCUUGCGACGUUUUACGAGUCAUUUACGGCGCAGGGGCACAUGAGGACUCCUGAUCACCCGUGGAGCCUGUAUGAGGGCGUUGCUGGGAUGUGCUGUGCGUGGGGUGAGGUUUUGCGGAGGAUGGGAAGUGAGACUCUGCGGUCCCUCGAGUGUAGUGGUCAACCCGGAUAUGACGAUUUGUUUACCUAG